AAACCUCAGCAUUGAUCUCUGUUAUCAUGACCGCGACGGCAUAAUGAGGUUGCCUACUUUGGUUCUAACUACCAAAACCUUGUCAGUCCUCAAAUUGAAGAGAGUUAAACUAACACUCAAGAAGAAGGAUCAUGAUGUUGUGGUUGAUCUUCCCUAUCUCAAAGUUCUUCACUUAGAAUCUGUCUGUUUCACAUAUUAUCAAGAUAUCAUCAAACUUCUUUCUGGCUGUCCCAUUCUAGAGGACUUCCAAGCAAAGGAUUUAAUCGUAGUAAAGUCUUCGCCAUUAAAUCCUUUGCUUCCUAGUGCUAGUGGUAGAGAUGCUCUAAGCCUAUCCAAUUUGGUCAGAGCUAACAUUUCUUCUGCUGGUAUUGAGCUUCAUUGGCUUCGUAACGCCCACCAUCUCCGCAUACAAGCUUCGAGGAACUAUUGUUUAGAUGGCAUGUUUCACAACUUAACCUAUAUGGAGCUGACAUUCAAUUUAUGUUUUAGUAAUUCAUGCAGUACAUUGAAGAAUGCAAUAAAAGUUACUUUAUAUAAGUUCCUCGAAGAUCAACUUAGUCAAUUAUGGUUUAUGAUUUAG